AUGAAUUUCUUCGGAAUUUUUUCUAAUGAGUCUGCGAGAGGCCGUUACCACUGUGACAACGCAACUUACGACUCAGUACUGAACCCGCAAACAGGCUAUCCCGGUUGCCUGACUGGAGCUCAAGCAGAUGCGCUCAGUGCCUUCGAGCGGCAACUCGUCACGGAAGACGUUCUUCCCAGACGUUUUCGGUCGGAUUACAAUAGCCAGGACCUUCGCACCGAAGACGAUGCCGUCGACGCGAGUGCCGACGGCGACCAGUUGAAACCGAAAGCUUGCGGACACGUUGACGCGAUGCUCGCGUUCAUGAACCAUUCACUGGAGCAUCGGCGACGUGUUCUUCUUCAGUUUUUACGCGCACGUGACUUUCGUGUCGAUGCCGCGUAUGCACUUUUCACGGAUACGCUGCUGUGGAGGAGCCGAACGCAGGUCUGCUGCAUAGCGCGAGAGGAGAUCAUCAAGAAUCCUGCUGCGUGCUUCCCGUUCACGCUGGUCCCUGGUGCGCGCAACAACUACGGCCAUCGGCUACUCUACGGGAAAAUGGUGCUGUUCCGCAAGCGGGACGUGAACCGGGAUGCCUUUCGAGCAGCGACGAUAGCACUGCUCGAGCACUGCUGUUACGCGGCGGAUGCCGCUGCCGUAGACGAACACUCGUCGCCGUUUCCGCAUAGUCAGGAGCGCUUUACGGUCGUCUUCGACCUCGGACACGGGUUUGAUGUCUUUCAUAACGCUGAACUAGGAUGCUACUCUGAUAUGAUUCGACUUGUACAGAACCACUACCCAGAGCGACUAGGAAAAGUUUACAUUAUCCACUAUAGUCGUCAUAUCCAUAUAUUUUAUCGACUAUUGUCACCAUUCAUUGAGGAUAAGACGCGCGCGAAAAUACACUGGGUGCCAGAGUCGGAGAUCGUGCCAACGUUCCGCCACGACUUUCCGAACGAUAGCCUACCAAAAUCGCUCGGCGGGGAGCUGGAGUGGCACAUCUAG